AUGUUGAACUUUAAAAGAUUAUAUUCACAAAGAACUUUGUCACAAUUAGUACAAAAAUAUCCCGUAGGUAGUAAGAUAAAUGGUUAUACCAUACAAAGAGUCUUACCUCUACCCGAGUUCAAAUUAGCAUGUGUCGAUUUAUCUCAUGAACAAACAGGUUCAAAACAUUUACAUAUUGACAGUUCAAUAAGGCAAGAUGAUGAUAAUAAUGUGUUUUCAGUGUCAUUCCGUACCCAACCACCUAAUAAUACUGGUGUACCACAUAUUUUAGAGCAUACUACUUUAUGUGGUUCUGUAAAGUAUCCUAUACAUGAUCCAUUUUUCAAGAUGUUAAAUAGGUCUAUGGCUAAUUUUAUGAACGCAAUGACCGGACCAGAUUAUACUUUUUAUCCGUUUGCUACAACAAAUAAAAAGGAUUAUUACAAUCUAAUGAAAAUUUAUCUGGAUGCAACUUUCAAUCCCCUAUUAACUAGUGACGAUUUUAUUCAGGAAGGAUGGAGAAUAGAAAAUGAAGAUGUUAAUGAUAUUAAAAGUCCUUUGAUCUUUAAGGGUGUUGUUUACAAUGAAAUGAAAGGGCAAGUAUCCAAUAGUGAUUAUUAUUUUUACAAUAAAUUUCAAAGUACAGUAUAUCCAUCUUUAAAUAAUUCAGGUGGUGAUCCUAAAUGUAUUACAGAUUUAACUCAUGAUGACUUAAUGUCAUUUCAUGACAAAAAUUAUCAUCCUUCCAAUUGUAAAACAUUCUCAUAUGGUACCUUUCCAUUAAUUAAUACGUUACAAACAUUAAAUAAUGAAUUUAUUAAAUAUGGAAGAAGACAUAACAGUUUAAAGAAAUUACUUCCUAUAGAUUUCAAUAAACUUGACAAAAAACAUGUUAAAGUUGCAGGUUAUUAUGAUCCAAUGUUUCCCAAAGAGAAACAAUUUAAAUCUUCAUUGACAUGGAACUGUGGUUCUACAAGAGACAUUUACAAUAGUCUACUAUUAAAGAUACUUUCAUCACUUCUUUUAGAUGGACAGGCUUCCAUAUUCUAUAAGCACUUUAUAGAAUCUGGAGUAGGCACUGAUUUUACUAUAAACACAGGUUUUGAAAGUCAAACUGAGGCUAAUUUAUUUUCAGUAGGAUUGCAAGGCAUGACUUCAGAAUAUGUUGACAAGUUGCCAGAACUAAUUAACAAUGUCUUUAAAGAAUUUGUCACAGCACCUAUUAAUUCAAAAAAGAUUGAUGCUAUCUUACACCAAAUUGAAUUAAGCAAAAAAGACCAUAAAUCCAAUUUUGGCAUGCAAUUGUUAUAUUCUAUUCAACCAGGAUGGUCAAUAGAAAUAGAUCCGUUCAAGAUUUUGAAUUUUGAUGAGACUCUUGACAGGUUUAAAAAUGACUAUAAAGCAUAUGGUGAUGAUUUAUUUUACAGGUUGGUCCAUAAAUAUUUCUUAAACAAUGAGUGUUUAGAAACUUGUGGUAAUGUAAACUCUAGUGGUGAUUAUUUACAGUUUACAAUGAUUGGUGAUGAAAAUCUAUCCCAAGCAUUAGAAACGGAAGAAAGAGAGAGAUUAGCCAAGAAGAUUAAUUUGCUAAGUGAAAACGAUAAAAAGAUAAUUUUUGAGCGAGGGUUGGAACUUAAGAAAAAACAAGAAAGAAUUGAAGAUAUCUCUGUUUUGCCUGGAUUAGAUGUAGCUGAGGAUAUAUCACUAAAGAGUAAGCUAUAUCCAAUCAUAAUGGAUCAAAAUAUAAUGGUUAGAAUCACCGAUAGUAAUGGUCUUUCAUAUCUUAAAGGGAAAUUUUUGAUUAAUGAUAUUAUUCCAAAGGAACUCUACAAAUUUCUACCUCUAUUUGCUGACUCAUUAACUCAAUUAGGUACGAAGAGUCAAAACUAUAGCGAAAUUGAGGAUGAAAUUAAAUUAUUUACAGGUGGAAUCAGCACUCAAGUAAAUGGGUAUAAUAAUGUGAUAUUAAACAAUAAAGUUGAUUUAAAUUUCGAAGUUGCUGGAUGGUCAUUAAAUUCAAAAGCCGAUAAAAUUAUUGAGCUGUGGAGAAAAUUAAUAACCGAAACAGACUUCUCUGGUAAAAGAGAACAAUUGAAAAUUUUAAUUAAAAUGUUAGCAUCAUCAUCACUUUCCUCAGUAUCUGAAGGUGGUCAUUUAUUUGCUAUGAGACAUGCAAAUGCGCAUUUUAGUAGAUUAAAGUCGAUCAAGGAAACUAUGAAUGGUGUAGAACAGUUAAGUUUUGUGAUGCAGUUAAGUAAGAUUGUUGAGUCUGGAGAUGAAGUGAAAUUUGAAGAACAAAUAUUGAAACCUUUAUUAAAAAUACAAGAACUUAUCUUGAAUCUUCCACAACAAAAUUUGAAGUUUUCAAUAAUAACAGAUUCUAUUGAACAAUCAAAAUCUAUAAAGAAGCACAUAAGAGAUUUUCAAAAUUUAUGGUCAACAAAGUCAACUACCAAAGGUGAGACGAACUUGUUAAGAACAAAUGAGUUUCCAUUAUUAAAAUCUACACAAAGUAAUAGAACUAUUUUGAAGUUUCCAUUUCAAACUUUUUAUACUGCCAGGAGUCAAUCAUCAAAUAUAAUGGAUUAUCUUAACAAAGACAAUUCUUCGUUAUUAUUACUAAGUCAAAUCUUAUCAUUUAAGUUUUUACAUCAUGAGGUUAGAGAAAGGUUUGGUGCUUAUGGUGUCGGUAUGACAUACGAUUCUUUUGAUGGUAGUAUUGUUUAUUACAGUUAUCGUGAUCCGCAACCAAAAAACUCCUUGAAUAUAUUUAACGAAAUGAAUAAUAAUGUUAAGAUAAAUGAAAUUACUCAGCAAGAUAUCAAUGACGGAAAAUUGAGGAUUUUUCAAAACAUUGAUUCACCAAUGAAUAAACAAAAUGAGGCUAUGUGGAAUUUCAACUAUAUGAUCACAGACGAAAUGAGACAGGAAAGAAGAAUUCAAUUGUUAAAUCUAACAGUUGAUGAUGUAGCUAAUGUUUGGGAAAAAUACUUAUCAUCCAAAGAUCAAUAUCAGGAGGUUAUUGUGGGAGAUAUUCCUGCAGAGACCGGCGAUUAUGUUAUUGAUAUAAUGAAUUCAUGA